AUGCAGUUCUCCACCGUCAUCGCCGCUAUCGCCAUUAUGGCUUCCACUGCCACCGCGCAGGGUGUUGACCUCGAAAACAUCGCAGCUUUUGAGUUCUACACCUCCAGCGACUGCACUGGUACUCCUGCCAAUGUCAUCACGUCUGCGCCUAGCGACUGCCUCAACGUCUCGAAUAAGUUCUCGUACGAGGCUUUCUGCACUUAA